UGAUGGUAUUUCAUUUUUUCUUUAAAGCCAUUCUUUUUCAAGUAAUGGUACGAGUAAAAGAAACCGUGCGCAAGUUGACUGGUGGCAAAGCACCUCGGCAAUGCUUUCUGACUCAACCUACCUCUACUGAUGGAUUAAAUCGCCAAGACGCACCAAUUAAACGCCCCAAAAAAUCAACUUCGGCAACUACAGUAUUAAAUCGGACACAUGUGUUGUCUAAUCUUCCCAAAAAAUCAACUUCGGUAACUACAGUAUUAAAUCGGACACUUAUGUCGUCUAAUCUUCCCCAAAAAUCAGCUCCUUCCACUGGAGGAUUCAAGAGACCUCGUAGGUUACGGCCAGGAACAACUGCUCUGCGGGAAAUUCGUCAAUACCAGAAAACUACGGAACUCCUCAUUCGAAAGCUACCGUUUCAGAGACUUGUGCGUGAAAUAGCUCAAUAUUACUUUUCGAAUAUUAGAUUUCAAACUACUGCUGUUCAGGCGCUUCAGGAAGCAUCUGAGGCUUAUCUUGUGUCUCUUUUUGAGGAAACAAAUAUGAGUGCAAUUCAUGCCAAAAGAGUUACAAUUAUGCCGAAAGAUAUUCAGUUGGCAAGAAGAAUAAGAGGUGAACGUUUCUAAGCACGACUCCCAAGCCUGCAUUUUAUGGACGAAAAUGUUACUUAAACAGCGAAUAUUUAUUCUCGAACGAAGCCUUUGCUAUAUGUUCACUUGCAUUUUACAAUUUAUUGCACUGUGUUCAUGUACUGAAUUGGCUGUACUGGGUUGCUUUUCUAAUCGCAGUAUAUGAACCCUACUGUUAUUGUUCCAGAGUUCAUGAGCUGUGUUUACUGUGUUGGUGUUCCGUUAUUGUAGUAGUAUGUUUACAGUAUCAGAGUGUUACUGCAGUGUGUUUACUGUACUAGUAUGUCAUCUUAUCGCGUUUUUUGUAUUAAUGGUAUCGUAAUAUGUUUACUGUACUAGUAUUUUUUACUGUACUUAUUGUAUUAUUUCAUGUCGAAUUUUAAAGCUAAUUAAAACGUCUACCAAAACUGCAUUGCAAUGAAUAAAAGUUUU